AUGUCGUUCUUUAGACCCCGCCAUGCCGCUCUUUUGCUUUCAAUUGCAAUCGUAUGCGUAUAUGCUCAGGGCCAUGCUACAUCUGUUGCGAGCAUGAGCUUGCCGGAGAUAGAGGAACAGCUCCAACAAUGUCCUCUUGUGCAAGAUCUUAAUGCAUAUAAACAAGUGACAUCUCCAGUUACCUCGACUCUUACUUCCCGCAUAUUUGCAGUCCUUUUCCCUUCCACGCCCGCUGUCAAUGCCCUUUUAGCAACCCUUUAUAUCUCUGGACCUCCCAAUUUCCUCCUGGCAUUAUGUCCACCGAACAUCGACCCUUCUUCUCUUUCCGUAAUGGUAGCAUUCGCAGUAGGUGGUCUUCUAGGUGAUACAUUAUUCCACCUUCUUCCCGAAAUCUUCCUUGGCGAGGAUGCCCACGAAAAUGUGCGAUUUGUGCUGGUAGAACCGAACCGCAAUUUAUUGCUCGGUGUUGCGAUCAUGGUUGGAUUCGUCACAUUUGUUGCUAUGGAUAAAGGCUUAAGAAUUGCUACUGGUGGGGAAGGUCAUGAUCAUUCACAUAACCAUGGACACGGCAGUGAGAAGGAAACAUCCGCUAUUUCAAGCAAUUUGGACGAUACACUUGCCAAAAGUACUAGAUCAAGAAAGAAGGACAAUGGAAAGUCAAUUGUUGAGGUUGAAAAGACGGAAAAAGAAAUCAAUUCCAGUGUGAAGCUUGCUGGGUAUCUUAACCUUAUAGCCGAUUUCACGCACAACAUCACAGAUGGUCUCGCCAUGUCCUCUUCCUUCUACGCAUCACCAACAAUUGGCGCAACAACCACAGUCGCAGUAUUUUUCCACGAAAUCCCUCACGAAGUCGGUGAUUUUGCCCUCUUGAUCCAAUCUGGUUUCUCCAAACGCGCAGCCAUGGGUGCACAAUUCUUAACCGCCCUUGGAGCACUCCUCGGCACCGUCAUUGGUAUCAUGAUACAAGAAUAUGGAUCCAGUACAGAUGAAGGCGGCAUUGGCAGAUUCGACGGACUGAUGGGCACAAGUUUAGAGUGGGGUGAUAUGUUGUUACCAUUCACUGCUGGAACGUUCCUGUAUGUGGGAACUGUAGCUGUUAUCCCGGAAUUGUUGGAGACUGGAAAGGAUAGAGGUGUUGAGUUGACAAAGACUCUUAAGCAAUUUAUGGCUAUGGCUGCAGGAGCUGGAAUUAUGCUUUACAUUUCUUGGUCAUAG